AUGCGAAAGAAUUACGGUGCCAAUGUUCGAUAUGAAAAGGCAUGGCGAGCGAAAGAAGUCGCACUGGGCCUAUUGAUGGGAUCGCCUAGAGAGUCGUACUCUACUUUACAUAAGUAUGGAGAGGCUCUGAAGGCCGUGAAUGAAGGAACAGUUUUCCACAUGAAAUUAGAGGACGACACAUUCUUCAAGUACGUAUUCAUGGCCUUAGGAUGCUCGAUUAGGGGUUUUGGAAGUUGCAUACGACCUAUACUUGUGGUUGACGGAGCACAUUUGAAGGGGAAGUACAAAGGAGUACUACUUACUGCAUCCUCAAUAGAUGGCAACAACCAAAUUUACCCUCUUGCAUUCGGUGUUGUCGAUAAAGAGUGUGAUGAUUCAUGGACUUGGUUUAUCGAGCGGGUUAAGAUUUGUAUAGGUGACAUAAAUGGUUUGGUUUUUGUAUCUGACCGGCAUCAAAGUAUCACGAACUCCGUGGCAACGGUGUUUCCUAAUGCAGCGCACGUCACAUGUAUGCAUCAUUUAACGAUGAAAUUGAAUGAGAAGUUUAGAAACGAGGGAAUGCAAAUAAUUUUCGCUAAAGCAGCAAAGGCGUUCAAGGUAUCAAAGUUUCGAUACUAUUGGGGCCAACUAGCCGGAUUCCCAAGAGUCCAGAAAUACUUGGAAGACAUCGGAUUCGACAAGUGGGCUCGUGCAUAUCAACCUUGA